GAGAGCAGACAGUGUGAUUUGACCCAGCCCUUCUUCUGCAGUGAAGCAUUUGUGGGUGCCACGGGUAAAUUUAAAUACCGAAAGUAUCCCACGGCACGUACGCCGCUGAAAUGGCUGCUGCGGCUCCAGAAGGAAUAACCGCACUGAGUGUUGAGAACGACGUAACGCCCGCAGAGACAAGCGAGGACAACGGCGAGGAGAAAGAAAAGGGCCUCGCAGAACCGGAAACAGAGGAACCACGCAGCAGCGUAAAACCGAAAAUGGAAGAGAAGCCCGCUGCAGCGGCAGACAAGGCCGAGAGGGAGGCGGUGACCGAGGACAGUGCUGCUGCAGCGGUGAACCAGGUGGCAAGACCCGCUCCUGAAGAACCGGAGCUAAAGCAGGAAUUACAGCAAAACCCCGGAGAAUGUAGCGUUAACUAUGAACUAGCAAACGAUAACGCAUUGAAAGAAGCAAAGGAGGAACCAAGAGAGGACAGCCAGGGUUCGGGGAUAAACUACCAAAAGAGCAAAACAGUUUGUGAAGAUGGUGAGAAACCCAGCGGCGGGAGCGGGGAGCUGGGCGACAAGAGGCGGCCGAGUGUGGAGAUCUCCUCCUCGGAUGGUGAACCGUUGAGCCGUAUGGACUCAGAGGACAGUCUCAGCAGUACCCUGAUGGAGAUGGAGAGCACCGUGUCAAGUGGGCGCUCCACCCCUGCUAUGAUGAAUGGACAGAGCAAUGCCAGCUCCUCCGGGGCUAAGACAGUGGCCUACUCCUGCUGCUGGGACCUCUGUCCGCAGUGCUUCAACUCAAGUCCUGAUCUGGCGGAGCAUAUCAGGGGCAUUCAUGUGGAUGGGCAGAGAGGAGGGGUGUUUGUGUGUCUAUGGAAGGGUUGUAAGGUGUAUAACACACCGUCCACCAGUCAAAGUUGGCUCCAGAGACACAUGUUGACCCACAGUGGAGAUAAGCCCUUCAAGUGUGUAGUUGGUGGCUGCAACGCCAGCUUUGCUUCCCAAGGAGGGUUAGCCCGCCAUGUCCCGAGCCACUUCAACCAGCAGAGCUCCUCCAAAAUGUCCGGCCAGGCCAAACUCAAGGAAGAGUCCCCCUCCAAAGCUGGACUCAACAAGAGAAAGAAACUUAAGAACAGACGCAGGUGUAACCUACCCAGACCCCACGACUUCUUCGAUGCCCAAACCAUGGAUGCUAUCCGCCACAGGGCCAUCUGUCUCAACCUCGCCACCCACAUCGAAAGUGUGGGCAAUGGCCACAGUGUGGUCUUCCACAGCACGGUGCUAGCCAGAAGGAAAGAAGGAUCUGGCAAGGUGAAGGUCCUCCUACAUUGGACACCAGAGGACAUACUACCUGACGCAUGGGUGAAUGAAACGGAGCGAUCUCAGCUGAAGACUAAAGUGGUGCACUUAUCCCAGUUACCGCAGGAUGCUGCCAUGCUGCUAGACCCAAACAUCUAUAGAGCACUUCCUCAAAAGCGCCUGAAGCACAGCCUGUAAGGAGUCAUCUGUGGACUUGAUACUUAAGGGGAAAUGCUUGUUCAUAGGAGGUUUAUCUAUAUGGGAUGGGACGCUCUUCAUCUGUCUCUGCUGAACGGGGGGGAUUGAAGUGGCGAUAAAAGGAAGUGAAACUUGGCUAUGCUGCAGUUUCUUCCCUCUUCAGUUUUGUAUAUCUGAACAACAUUGUAGCCAAAUGUGGUGGAAAAUGGUUUGUGAAAAAAGUUUGUGUUCAUCAAAAACUACGUAGCCCCCCCUGGGGUCAGCUGAGAAAAAAAAACUAAAUCGUGUGCACAGAAUAAAAAUCCCUUCCGUUCAUCGAAACGAGCCAUCCUCCAACCUGGAGAAAUAACAUUGAGCAGUAAGACGAAUGCUUAGGGACCG